GUGUGUUAAGCAUUUCCUACGUCCAUUGUGUAGUUCUUUUUUUAAAAAAUCCGGAACAGGGACACAAGGCUCGGAUUUUCUAACAAAGACGAGAAGUGUUCCGCUUAAGGGCGCUGGAUCUGAGCCGAACACAGAAAACUUACUAAACUUUGAAGGAGACAUUAUUUCGUGAUCACAAAAUGGAUUCCUCCUGGAAAAAAAGAGAUUGCCAUUUCACCUGGAACCUCGAGGAAGACAAAAAAGUGAACAAAUACAAAGAUAAAAUACUGCGUAAAGUAGAGAACAACUUGAAAGAAACACCUUUCCUCAAGAUCGAGAAUCUUCUAUUCAAGGCGUGUCUUCAGUCACGGUUCAAAGAUCAGAGUGUCAACGCACUUGCUUCUCUUGACGAAGCAAAGCGGGAAAUUGAACAUCUAAGAAACAAAGAUGUUUACAAAGGUUACAAGAGCGUUGAAAUCCUAAAUCGCAUGUGGAUUGAAGAGAACAUUUUAUCCAGCAACAAGAUUUUGCCUGAGUUACACGAAAAACUAAAAUCCAUACAGUUAGAGGAGAAAGAUUUGCGGGUUGUUGGUGCAAUCAGAGCAGCGGCCCUCACGCGACUCGGUCCGGUUAUGUUUAACACUAACUUAGCACUCUUCAAGGCAGCCCACCAAGCAUUCCCUUCAAAUCCAGACUUUCUCUUUGGGGUUGCACUCGUCACUGGGCAGAAGAUGAGAUUCAUGAAACCAAUCCCCUCUAGUCACGAAAGCUUGGACCCAUUGUUAAAAAACAUGAUGGAUGAAGAGAAGGAGUAUUGGGAAAAACUAAUUGAGCUGAAACCUGACCACCGAGGUUACCACUAUGCUAAGUCAAUGCUUGGAUUGAACUUGUAUCGGCGAGACGGAUCACAUGACAAAGAGAAGGCAAGUGAGCUGCUAAACGAAGCUUAUGACGAUGCUCCAGAAUUACAGGAGGUUUGCAGAAAUCUCAUGCGAAUGUUAAAGAAAACAGAUCUUGAUCGGUGUGUAUCCAUACUGGAGACCGCCAUUGCCAAUCAGCACGAUCGAACCGAAAACCAUCACCAACUUGCCAUGUGCUACAUUGAAAAGGCAAAAAUGAAUAAAGAACGCCAAGAUGAAGCAAUAGAAUGGACAAAAAGGGCACUUGAACAACUAAAUGAAUGUCUGAAGUUGGAUGGUUCACAUGUCUAUGCUUUACUGAAAAAGGCACAACAAGUGAGAAUCUUAAAAAAGCUCGGACUAUCUGAUGAGAGCCCAGAAGAUUGCUAUAUAGAUAUGAUGCCACUGUCGAAGGAGUUCAUGCCAAUGAAGAGUAUUCAACUUUACAACAGCUAUGCUUCAUACCUAUACCGUAAAAAAACAAAGUCAACGCCCAAAUUCACUGCGUUGGAUAUGUCACAGAAAGUUAUGGACACAUGUACUGAUGAAUCUUUUGAACAUCAAAACGAUAUCACAGGUAAAUGGGAAAUAAGGACACAGGUAACCAGUUAUAAAGGAAUGGCAUAUAACACACUGAAGAAGCAGUAUAAGUCUAAAAAAAAUAAUCUGAAGCUUGGAAUUCUAUUCUACCAGAACUUUGAGUUUGAUCAAGCCAUCGACAUGUUGGCCACAGUGGAUCAAACAAACGCCGAAGUGCCGUACUACGUUGCAAAGUCUUACCUAAAAAUGGGUCAAGAGAAAACUGUUGGCAAUCAAGCAAAACCUGCAGAAGCAGCUGAGGAUUUCACAAGGGCUCGAGAGAAUGUGGAGUUGGCACGAGAGUCGAAACUGGAACAAGAAAAGGUUCGAGAAGUUCUAGCGGACAUAGCUCUGGCAAUCGCACAGAACGAACUUCAGGCCACCGCAAAUGACGUCAUUCAACUGGAAGACAGGUGUGUGACGUCAUAUCGCCAGGCAGUCAGAUGUGGAAGCCUGGUUGCCGUUUUGGAGCUGAUGAAGCUGGUUGAGAAGGGCCUCAUCAAAAUCACCCCGAGUUCAAGCUUCAUCCAGAUGCUGGCAGAAAUAGAGGUGUGUUGUUCACAGUCCCAAUCUGACGCCCUACAUGGUGAAUCUAAGCCCCUGACGUUCGAAGGAGGCCUGAGAUCCAAGGAAACUGAUAUCGAACCUUGCAUGCUGAGAAAUCGCACCAAGAUCAAAGCAGAUAUCAAGGGAAUCCUGUCAAAGGAAACGUUUUUCUGGGAGUCAAGGGAGGCGCUAUUUAACAUGGAGGUACCGCUACUCGCGGAAAGGUUUAAAGUAGCCAUUAAGGGUGAGGAUGGUCUACUCUUAGAUGGGCGAGAAGAAGGUCCGUUGGAAGACGUCAGUAGGAACAUGAAGAACAAGGCUGUACUCUGCUGUCGGGAGACUAGACCUCUGCUUGACCGUAUCAUGGAACUAUUCCAGAAAGAGGAGCUAGAAAUGGAAGAAGAGCAGGGGAACUACUUCCCUCUGAUACUAAAAGAUGAGAAACUGACUCCAGAAACAUUAAAGGGUGAACUCAAGAAAAAGCUAAAGCUACUAACUAACAUCGACAUGGAGACGCACUAUCCGAAGAUCUAUGAGUGUAUACUAAAGCUGCAGCCAAAGAUCAGUCCAGAAAACACAUUCAUAAAGAACUUCUGUACCAUCGUGAACAUGACAAAACACAGCAGUGCGGACGUUCUGGACAUCGAACCCAAUCCGGUCAAACUGGCUCGACAGUCCAUCGACAAAGUCGAAGAGAUAUGCAACGUCUUCUUCGACACCAUGAAAGAGGCGAAGGCUUUGGGGAUGAGGGUGAAAGAUUUGGUAUCAGCCAUUAGACAAGGCGGUGGUGAAGAGGUUGAGAAGGCAGAUGAACUUUUCGGAAUACUGAUGAAGAACGAAGACUUCGUUAUCAGAAUGGAUAAUACAUGCGAGUUUCUUGAGAUGCUCGCAUUGAUAAAUCACUGCAGACUGGAAGCUGGUACCGAUAUUGACUUAACUAUGUGGGUCGAGCUGUCCGAACGGAACAGUAGGUUUAGUCAAGAUCUCCGUAAGGGUUAUCUAGAGGUCGAAGCUGCACUCUUGACCAAUAGUGACGAUCAAAGCUCGGUUCCGGAGGAGUGUCACAAGACGUGCUUAGAGGCUGACAAACUCAUAAACAAGUCACUGCAGAGUGAGGAAAACCAGAACCCAACGUUUCCAUUUCCAGACAAUUGCCCUGGCACGAACACACCUUCUUGGAAAGGAAACGUGAAAAAGCAACUCAAAAAAGUUCUUAAGUCUCAGAAAAUCUCCGACGACCGCAAUUUGCUUGGCAUCAUUUUGGAGGCACAGCCGUGUUCCAAUGAGGUUAACUACCAUUUCCUAGCAAUGCGAAAGUUCCUCGAUGAUCGGUCAAGAGGAAUCAUCAAAGACACGGUAUCCAUCGAGAAAGGAACAAACACCACGGAGUCUUAUGGCGUCUUGGAUCUCACUCGGUGGUGUGUGAACCAUGCUGAGAAAUUAGCCUCCGAAGUGGUGGAUCAUUUUACUCAAUCUUAAAGGAAUUGUAUGUUUGGUAAUUGGAAGCGAGUUCCUAAACAAAAGGUCGCGACCAUUGUUUAACUCUUAUACAGUUGUAGAUACCAUGAAGCAAAUUAUCUCUGUAAUUUUCAUUUCAAAUAAUAUAAUGUUGGGGAUAAAAAGGGACAUACUUUUCCAUAACCGCAGUACUUUGAGUGAAAUGUUUCUCAAAAUGCCAUUAUAUUAUCUAAAAGCUGUUGUACUUCUUACUGGGUUUUAUUGCCAUUAAUUCACAGAGUCACCCAAACAUAUACAGACCCUUUAAUAAAUAUGGGAAAUAUGGAUCGUGGCUUUCUGGACACAGAAAACAGUUUAUUAAGUUUCAACCGUCAACUCUGUUAUUUUAUAACGUACAAUAUUGUAAACUUUGCAUUGUAGAAUAGAACUUGUUUUUUUUUGUGAUCGCUUUAUAGUAGAGUCUCAGGACAAUCAAUGCGAAAACUCAUCAGUCAUAAAGAAACAAGAUAUUAAUCCCGUCUGAAGUCGAGAAAAUAGCAUUUAAAUAAAAAAAUCAUCGCUGCUUUUCUAGAUUGCCACACUGAAAACUUGAAAAGCUGACGAAAAAAGAAUACUUGACAAAACCUAACUUGAUAUCAAAAUUGUGGUUUGACGUUCUUGAAAACAUUAUCAAGUAAUAAUGGAUGCAUUCUUGUCAGUUUAAAGCCAUUGGACCGUUUCGGUACAGAAAAAAAAGUUCACAGAUUUACAAAUAACUUACAGGGUUUA